AUGUUUAACGAAAUAGAGGGAGAGCAUGAUGAUGUGGCUAUAAGUACUUUCAAGGCUGGUUUUCUAGCCGAGCAUGAUUUAAGGAAAUCUCUAACUGGUAAACCUAUUACCAGUGUACACCAAUUAAUGGAUAAGAUUGACAAGUAUAGAAAAGUAGAAGAAGACCAACUUCAGGGAAAAGGAAAGACUAAGAUGGUUAAUGCAGUGUUUCGGGAGCUAGUGCAGCAGGUAUUGGAGAAGAUAAAGAACGAGCUCUUUUUUAAAUGGCCAAACAAGAUGGCAGGAGAGCCUAAGAGACAAAACCCGAACCUUUAUUGCCACUAUCAUCAGGAUUAUGGGCAUACGACGGAAGAUUGCAGGAAUUUAUGGGACUAUUUAGAGCAGCUGGUUCGAGAGGGGAAAUUGAAGCAACUCUUGCAUCAUUCCAGUGGUAGGGUAAGCCAGGCAGGCUUAGAGAUGCGUGGGGACGCUUCUUCAAAACUUCCCCUUGGCACAAUAAAUGUUAUUUUUGCCGCCCUAGGGAAGACUGGAUCUUGUGCUUCCAGGGUACUGUCGGUGUUCUGA